CUCGUCAUUAAUCACUCUCUAAAUAACAGAAAAGGAAGUAAGUGAAAUACAUUUGCAGUUUCUCUACUACUGGGAAUUACGAUUAAUCACCAUGUCUGUUCAAUCGGCGGUUACGGUGGCGGCCUCGCCGGCUUCAUUGUACGUUGGAGACUUGCACCCCGACGUCUCCGACGCUAAUCUCAUCGAAGCUUUCUCGGAGUUCAAGAGCUUGGCCUCUGUUCAUGUCUGUAGGGAUUCUUCUACGGGGAGAUCUCUUUGUUAUGGCUAUGUCAAUUUCAUUUCUCCUCAGGAUGCACAACAUGCUAUUGAGGCCAAAAAUCAUACUUUGCUGAAUGGGAAAAUGAUAAGGGUGAUGUGGUCGCUUCGAGAUCCUGAUGCAAGAAAAAAUGGGGUUGGAAAUGUGUUCGUUAAGAAUCUGAGUGAUUCAAUUGAUAAUGUGGGGCUCCAAGAGUUGUUCCGACAGUUUGGAAAUGUAAUAUCUUGCAAAGUUGCAACCUUUGAAGAUGGGAAGAGCAAAGGUUAUGGCUUUGUUCAGUAUGAGUCAGAGGGAUCUGCAAAUGCUGCUAUCGAGAAGCUUAAUGACACCGUUGUUGGGGACAAGCAGAUAUAUGUUGGGAAAUUUAUGAAAAAGAGUGAUCGGGUCUUGCCAAGCCCUGAUGUCAAAUAUACAAAUUUGUAUAUCAAGGAUUUAGAUUCGGAUAUCACAGAAGACACUUUGCAAGAGAAAUUUUCGGAGUUCGGGAAAAUCGUUAGCCUGGUUGUAGCAAGGGAUGAAAAUGGAGCCUCGAGAGGUUUUGGCUUUGUGAACUUUGAAAAUCCAGAUGAUGCUAAGAAAGCCAUGGAAGUGAUGAACGGAUCACAAUUCGGCUCAAAGGUUAUAUAUGUAGCAAGGGCACAGAAGAAAGCAGAACGGGAGCAAAUACUGCAUCAUCAGUUCGAGGAAAGGCGAAAAGAGCAGAUCAUGAAGUAUAAAGCUUCGAAUGUUUAUGUGAAGAAUAUUGAUGAUGAAGUGACUGAUGAAGAGCUGAGAGAACACUUCAGUCAGUGUGGAACCAUUACUUCUGCAAAACUUAUGCGAGACAACAAAGGACUAAGCAAGGGGUUUGGAUUUGUCUGUUUUUCUUCUCCCGAAGAGGCUGCUAAAGCUGUUAACACAUUUCAUGGAUACAUGUUUCACCACAAGCCAUUGUAUGUCGCUAUUGCUCAAAGGAAGGAGGAUAGACAAGCGCACUUGCAGCUUCAGUAUGCACAGCGAAUGGCUGGACUAGCAGGACCUUCCACAGCUAUUUUCCCUGGUGGAUAUCCUCCAGUUUACUACACAGCCCCGGGUGUUCUUUCACAAGUACCUCCACGGCCGGGGGUGAUGUACCAACCUUUAGGUUUGAGGCCAGGACGAAGGGUCAAUGGUUUUGCACCGCCAACCAGACCAGCCUUUCAACCACCAUCAUUGCCUAUGGUUACUGGAAAUCCAAGACAAAUUAGGCAAAACCGGGGUCGAAUGAAUGGACAUACUCUUCCGCAGGGUGCUUCUCACUCUGUCACAUAUGUGCCACAACUGCAACCACCAAAUCAAACUACGACUUCUUCCAAGGAUCAAAGUAACCUACAGAGGGGUGGGCAAGCUAAGUAUGUACCAAAUGGACGUGCACGAGAGGUGAACAAAGGGUCUAGAGUCCCACAGUCGGCUUCAAAUUCCGUUGCAGCCAUAUCACAAGGAUCUGAGAUGCUUAGUAGCAUGCUUGCUGCUGCUUCCCCUGAGCAGCAAAAGACUAUACUUGGUGAACGACUCUACCCUCUUGUUCAGAAACACCAGCCUGAUCUGGUCCCGAAAAUCACAGGGAUGCUGUUAGAGAUGGACAAUGCAGAACUGCUACUUUUAUUAGAGUCUCCAGAAUCUUUGGCUGCUAAAGUGGAGGAAGCUGUGGAGGUUCUCAAGCUCUCAAAUGCUAAAGUAUCUGGUCAAGAUGUUAUUCACCCCAGUUUCCUCUCUGCCGAAGUUACUGUCAACUGAAACCUUAAUAAAAGGGCGGCGCACUCAAAAAUAAACAACCAUUAGAUUUAUUGAUUUUCAAAUAU